AGGCAGGGCUGGGCCCCCCGGGGCCGCCACACAGCCAGCCCAUAAAUAGGGGCUUGCCGGACGCUGGGGCACUGCGGCUCUGUCGGCUCCUCUCGCUCAGCUCGGCUCGGCUCAGCUCGGCUCGGUGGGAGACAUGCACCCCACGCUGCUCGGCGUCCUGGGGCUGGCCCUGCUGGGGACACUGCACGCGCAGGACAGCGUUCCCGUGCAGAGCGACUUCCAGCAGGACAAGAUCACGGGGAGGUGGUACACCAUCGGUCUGGCCUCCAACUCCAACUGGUUCAAGAACAAGAAGCACCUGAUGAAGAUGUGCACCACAGACAUCUCCACCACUGCAGAUGGGAACCUGGAAGUCACCUCCACCUACCCCAAGGGUGACCAGUGUGAGAAGAGGAACAGCCUUUACAUCAAGACGGAGCAGCCGGGACGGUUCAGCUACACCAGCCCACGCUGGGGCAGCGAGCACAACAUCCGUGUCGUGGAGACCAACUACAAGGAGUACGCCAUGGUGUUCACCCAGAUCUCCAAGAGCACCGGCUCCUCCAACAUGGUGCUGCUCUACAGCCGGACCAAGGAGCUCAGUCCUGAGCGCCUGGAGAGGUUCACACAGUUCUCCAGGGAGCAGGGCCUGAUGGAUGAAGAGAUCCUCAUCCUGCCGCCCACAGACCAAUGCAUGGCAGAUGCUGCCUAGGCAGAUCCACCCGCUGCUGCCGGCUGGAGCCCCGGGAGCACCAUGAGCCGGCGGCCGCCCUGUCCUGUCCCAGCCCAGCGCACCCCCAGCACCGCAGCAGCCUCCGCUCCCUGACUUCACACCCCACAUCUGUACCUCCAUCCCCAUUAAAACCCUUUUAAAACCA